GCAUACGGCACCCUCCCGCGCCCCGUCCGUGCCGCAUGCGACGCGCUCACCGACCGCAUCGAGGCGAGCCCGGACGGGUUCAUCAAGCUCGACACGGCGGGCGUGCUCGCGGACGCGCGGCGGCGCGUCGCGGGGUUUGUGCACGUCGAGCACGACGAGCUCGUGCUCGUCCCGAAUACGUCGCACGGCGUUGCGGCGGUUUUGCGGAGCUUUGAGUGGGAGGAGGGGGGUGUGCUUAUUGGAGGUGCGUGCCUAUGCAUCUGGGCUGCAUUCGUACCAACGCUGAGGGUUGGUUGCUAA